AUGUGGUCGGACUUGCCUUUGGAGGUGAAGAUCAAGAUUUUCGAAUCGCUGGCCAACGAUGGCCUGGGCUACACAGAGGUGUGCCGCGAGUGGCGCGAUCUCCUGUGGCAAGAGCGGUCGCAACUCGAUCUCUCUCUUCGCGCCACUCUCUCCGAUGUGUCGAACGAGGAGGCAAGUCUGCGGCGAGUGCUGGCCCGCUGCCGACGCUUGGCCACGCUCAUCCUCUCUCACUGUCCGGUCAGCGACGACGUCCUGUCGGCCUUCGUCCCAUUCGGACCCACCCUGCGCGUGCUCAUCCUUUCUUCCUGGUAUGACCGCUUGAGCAACGACGGACUCGAGCGUUUGGCCGCCACCGGAGCCCUGGCGCGGCUCGAGCGACUCGAGCUGGGCGGCUGCGUGCGAGUGACCGGCCAGGGCGUGGCCCACGUCGUGUCCCACUGCCCUCGCCUGCGCAAUCUCAAUGUCUCCGGCGUGUGGGGCUUCGGGGAUGCGCACAUGAAAGCGGUGGUGGAGUCGGCUCGGGAGCUGACGCGAAUCGACGUGGGCGGGACGGCCAUCAGCAACGUGGGCCUGCGCCACCUACUCGAGAGCGAGUGCGCGGCUCGGCUCAAGUUCGUGGGCCUGGCCCACUGUUCCCAUCUCACGGCAGACUCGUCGCAGGGCGGCAUCGUCGACCUGGGCACCCACUGCCCGUCCCUGAUUGAGCUGGACUUGAGCGGCCUGACGCAGUUGCAGGACAAGACGCUGUGGUUCCUCCUGGAGCGAUGCCGCAAGCUCGAGGCCCUCAACGUGGCCAAGUGCGAGAGCCUGGUCAAAGAGAAGAUGAAAAGGAAGCCAGCCAAGUCACAAAGGUGCCAGAGUCUGAGCCAGUGCUACAACUCCACAGUCUCCAACUGA